AUGCAGCGCCCGCGCCCGCUCGGCGCCGCACGGCGCGCUUCAGCCUCGUCGGCGCGCACCAACAGCGGCGAGGCAGCAGCAGCGCGGCCACGGCCAGCCGCGCCGGCGCGCCCCCAGCACAGAGGUGGGCAGCAGGGGGGGCGUGGGCGCCCGUCCCCGCCCCUGCCCCCGCCCGCCCGCCCGCCCGCCGCGCAGCACCACGGCAGGGCGUGGGCGGCGCUGGGGGGCGUGCCGCUGGCGUGCGUGGUGGCUGCGCACGUGCACGAGUGGCGCUGGCGCGCGGAGGCGGCGGCGGCGCGGCCGCUGCUGUGGGUGGCGCUGCUGCGCGUGUGCAUGUCGCUGGCCGCCGGAGCCGCGACGCUGCCCCUCGCCUGGGGGCCUGGCACGCUGCGCGCCUUCAGUCGCUGCUUCAGGCGAGUGGAGCCGUGCAAGACUCCGCCCGCCAAGUGCUACCCGCACUCGGACGCCGGGGCCGGGGCCGGGGCCGGGGCCGGCCAGCUGCUGCCCGAACGCCACUCGAAGAACUACGCUCUGCACGCGCACCAGGGCAACGAGACCAGUGUGUAGCUCUGAGCCUUUGAACUACAGGACCCCACCUAUUUCACUAGUGUUCUCAGUGAAGUGUUCCAAGACUUCAUUUUCUCCCACGAAGUGUAUUUAUUGAAAACUAGUCAUGUGUUAUUGUAUAAAAAUAAUCUGGAAAGUACUUUUAGUGAUCUGAUGGAUUUGAAGUGAAUAGAGGAUUCUAUUUGGGGUUAGUGCGUGUUGUUGAGACGUUGGGCAGAAACUUAUGUUAUUUGUUGGCUCCCCGUGAAACAUUCUUGAACAUAAUUGUAUUCAGUUGAUUCACUUUGUAGCCAAAAUCUUAAAAAGACUGAGCAAGCAUUUAGAAAAGCAAGUAAUAUAGGAUUCUUAACCAACAAGCAUGAAGUUGCAAUUGAUAGAAGACACUGACUGUUUUUAAAGUGUACAGAGACAUAUGAUUGUACCCAAUGUGUGAAAUAAGUAAAGUGAAUGAGUAAAAGAACAAAAUGUAGCAGAAUGUUAAAUAGAAAUGUCUCUUAUCCCUUCGUAGAGAAAGCGAAUCGCUAGCGCGGUGGUGAUGUAGAGG